GAUUGCAGCAACAAAAGCAGCGUGGAAUAUUGCAGCGUUUUGGAGGAUCAUUUCGACGAAAGAUUGUCUCGAGAAAGUCGAAAAAAGAAACGGAUCCUAUUCCUGCUAAACUCAUUAAAGCAUCUUCCGUCCAAAAAAAGACGUUAAAUCCGAAAUGGAAUGAGAAAUUUCAAUUCAUCGUUGAUGAUGUUUCUCUCGAUCGUUUUCACAUGGAUAUAUGGGACCAUGACGAUGAGGAACAAUCAGUUAUGGAUGCGGUUAAAUCUUUGAAUCAUAUUUCGGGUCUGAAAGGAUUAGGUCGUUAUUUUAAGGAAGUAACUCAAAGCGCUCGUGCAAAUUCAAAUGAUUCCACGGACGAUUUCCUCGGUUGCAUUACUUUUAAUAUCAAAGUGAGUUUUCGAAGCAUUCGAAAAAAUACAAAAAAUUGUAUAAUAUAUCAUUUGGAAUUGAAGGAUAUUCCAUCGGAAGGAAUUGAAGGUUGGUUCACGUUGGAGAAGAGAUCGGAACGAUCAGAAGUUUCUGGGCAAGUGAAGCUAAAAUUAUGGUUAAGUACGAAAGAGGAAAGGAGCAUAUUCGACGAUGAAGAUUUGAUUGAUGCAUCGCCAGCAUCUUUCCGUGGGUUGUUACCACCAGCUGCAGUAACCAUUUUACACCAACAUGCCAUUCAAGGCGAUCUUAAUGCGCUGCAUCAAGCCAUGUGUGCGUGGAUCGCAUAUAGUUCAAUGUUAGAUGUUGGAAUUUCUUACGCAUUUCUUUACGAAAUUCUCAAUGACUUAAUUACCAAAUGGACGCCUUUAACACUUGAUAAGGAUGAAGAAGAUAUGUUAGGCGACUCGUUCACCUCAUUUGAUCAGCAUUGUCGAGUGGCAAUUAUGGAGCAUCGAACUCGGUUUAUAGCACUUAAACGGGAAUCACUAGACUCGCUUUCAAAUUUACUGAAGUGCAUGAAAUUGUUGCAUGAAUGCACACUUUUCGUAAAAUAUAUUCCUUUUGUACGACCUUUUGUUGCAACUUUAUCAACAGUGAUUGAGAUGUCGGCAGAGGCUUAUUUCAAGAAUGCGUUAGAAGAAGUUAAAAUCGAUGAACCUUUGUCGGAACUCUAUCGCUUACUACUCUCAAUAAAUUAUGCAUGCAAUAUGUUUUCAGCCUACGAUUCAAUUUUUAAGACGUAUACAGCAAUUGAUUAUGCCACUUUAACCUACUGUCAAUUCAGUAGAAUGUUAGAAGAAUAUACGUGCUCAGAAAUGAUGAGCGAAUCUUCUUCAGAUUUGAAAAAUUUGUUAAUACAUGCAUAUAUGAACGAUGAAGAUGGUGGCAAAUCAUUAAUUUUACUCAUUAAAAUCCAUUUUGCAUUCAAUGAAUUUCGAACUUAUAAAAGCACGAAAACAAGGAACGACAUGAAUGAAUUAAGUUUUAUUUUCGAUAAAGCAAUUUAUAAAUGGGUUGAUUUAGUGCGGUUAAAAGCAUUCGCUCGAACCGAUCUUUCGUGCAAACUCGAUACACCUGUUUGUUUUAAUUUCUUUAUAAAUAAUAAAUUAUUAUUAUUUUUAAAUUAUAAAGCUGUCACGAAAUCGCUUUAA